AACAAAAGAGUUAUUAAUAUUCCACAUUGCUCUAGAUUUGUGAUCUCAUAUGAAGGAAGAUUAGUGUAGAGAAAAAACAAAUUUACAAGUCAUUAUUUCGUUUCAUUGUAACCAUUAUACUGGCAGAUAAUAUUAAAUAGAACAUGGAUACAUUAUAGAAAAUGGAAAACAGUGAUCAUACCUGUUUUGAGCUGAAUUGUGUAUAUAAACAACAAUGGUUUCAUGGGUUCGAUUAAUUCCUCACACCGACGGCGUAGAAUGAGCAGUUCUCUUGACGUCAGCUCAUCGCAGCGUGAAGAUCUAGGUACACAUCAAGAGGGGGCAGAGGGUGGCAAUGGAGAAGAAGUUGCAGAUAGACACGUAGAAGAGGAUCAAGCUGACAGCGAUCACCACGAUUUAUCUUCCAUCCUGGCGUAUCUCAUUAGAAGAUGUGCGCGUUGUGUUUGCAGUGGCCAGGUGCGGAUCUUGAGGUCGGACGAUAGAGGGGACAGUUACUCUGAUGACGAGGAAUUUUGUGAGGAACAGAGACUCCCUGCUGUGGACCCAAAUCCAGACACUACAAGAAUUAUGAACAAUGACAUCUAUGAGGAAAUCAUGCUCCGGUCAGGUAGAAGCAAUGCCUUUGAUAAAUCCCAUCCCACAGUGGCACAUAUGCUGUAUAAGAGACAGAUUGGGAUGAGAAAACAGAUUAAAUUUGCAGCAAGUGAUAGAAGAGUAAUAAGCACACCAUACCUUCCUAACUACUGUGAUUCUGUUGCUAACUACAGACAGAAGGCCUUCUGUGGUACUUAUUCUGUAGAUGGCAAUAUCUUCCUAUCUGCUUCCCAGGAUCAAAAUAUCCGAAUAUAUGAUACAACAGAGGAUAGGUUUGAGCUUAUGAAGUCUAUAAGGGCCAAGGAUGUCGGCUGGAGUGUCCUUGAUACAGCUUUCAGCCCUGAUGGAAACUAUAUGAUAUAUUCCAGUUGGUCAGAUUGCAUUCAUCUAUGUAAUGUACACGGAGAUCAAGAUGUACAUCAGGCGUUACAUUUGUUUCCUACAGAAAACAGUUUCUGUAUUUUCUCUCUGACGUUCUCGUCAGAUAAUAGAGAAAUUCUUGGAGGAGCCAAUGAUGGUCAUUUGUAUGUAUUUGACAGGGAUAGCAACCAACGAUCACUAAAAAUAGAUGCUCAUGAUGAUGAUGUUAAUGCUGUAGCAUUUGCUGAUACUACAUCACAGAUAUUGUUUAGUGGAGGAGAUGAUGGCCUAUGCAAGGUAUGGGACAGACGGACACUAAAGGAAGAUCACCCAGUACCUGUUGGUGUUUUAGCUGGCCACUAUGAUGGCAUUACAUAUAUUGAUCCUAAAGGAGAUGCAAGAUAUUUGUUGUCAAAUUCUAAGGAUCAGACAAUGAAGCUAUGGGACAUAAGAAUGUUUUCAUCUUCCACUGCUAUAGAACAAACAAAGAAAGCUGUUUCCAAGCAACGUUGGGACUACAGGUGGCAGCAAGUGCCCAAGAAAAUGGAUAAACAUCGACGUUUACCAGGGGACACAUCUGUAAUGACUUACAAAGGUCACUCUGUACUUCAUACCUUAAUACGGUGUCACUUUUCCCCGGAAUUUACUACAGGGCAAAGAUACGUGUAUACAGGAUGUGCUAUGGGUAAUUUGAUAAUUUACGAUACUUUGACUGGUCAGAUAGUGAGAAAAUUGGAAGGUCACAGACAGUGUGUAAGAGAUGUGUCCUGGCAUCCAUACGAAAACAACAUAGUAACAACUUCAUGGGACGGAUCAUUACGUAAAUGGGAGUAUAAAUCUGUGGACAGAUUGGCGGAGGUAGAAGAUGAAGAAAGUAGUUCGUCAGAUGAAGAAUAUCACUUGUUUAGUCGAAGUAGACGCUUGCAACAAAGAGCAAAAUGUAAUAAAAGACAGAGACAAGAAAGUUGGUGUCAGAAUGCUGAUAAGAAAUUUCGAGGUCUCUUUGACUGAAAUUAAACUGUUCUGCUUAGCUUUGCUAGAAUAUUUAUAUACGGUAUAUAAAAAACCUUGAAAGAGGCAAAAAAUAACUAAAUAGUGAGAAAAAAAAUCAUAUUUGAAGUAAAAUCUAAUUUUUAAGAAAGUGAAGUAUUAUGAAUCCCUCUUUCCAGAACAACAAGUGAUUGAAAGCUUGAAUUAAGACAAGAAUUUGAUUUUUAUUCUCAACUUUUGGUACUAAGAAGAAUUUUGAUGUGGGAAAUUCAUAAUGGGAAACUUAUUAUUAUCAUGUUAAUGACUUCGAAAUGUGCAAAAAAAAGUGAAAAUAUUGAAAUUCAGAGUAUGUUAGCAAACUGAAUAUGUAAGAGAACUAAAAAAAAGGAAAUUUUGUUUCUAGUGAAUCAGGAAGACAUAUUUUCUGUCUGGAAUUGAAUCACACCCAUGAUGAUUCCUUGAUUCCUUGAAGAAAAUUAGAAAUGUGACAUGUGACAUCACUGUUAAAAUAACACAUUACACAUGGUGUGAGAUGUAACUAUGAUUGUAUCAAAUAAUUCAAAUUUACAAAAAAAUAGAGAGAAAAUGAUACAGAAUAAUGUGUGACAAAUUGAAGCAAAAUUAAUGUGUUUAAAUAAUCAGAAAAUUUUAAAAACUUGUGAAAAAGAAAAUUUUCAAAACCCUUGAAAAUGAGACAAGGAGCGGAGAAAAAAUGUGAAUGUGAUUUAAAAAAAGGACUAGACUUAUGAAUCAUAUUAUUAUUGAUGUAAAUAUUGAAUGUGUUUGAAAAUAGGGGAAAAAAUAGUAGAAAAAAAUGCAUGCCAACUGGUUUAUAUGCAUAGGUGAAUGAAAACUGUACAUUUGAGCAUCCAGAUCCAUGCUGGUCGCAAACCCAUUAUGUUGGUUUUGUCAUGACGCGGCUCAUUUGUUUUUAUGUAUGGUCAAUAUAGAAAUAAAGAUAUAUUUUUUAGCAUGGAUAAGUAUUAUAAUUGGCAACAGUCAUUCAGGAAAAAGACAUGAGAAAAACUGUAAAAAAGGUAUUGCGCCUUAUAUGAUUUGACAUGAUAGAAAAAUGGAAUGACAUUUUCAUGUGAGCCCUUUACCUCAUAUAUCAGUACAGAAUGAAAAGAUGUCACUUUAGUAACAACAUUAAUGUUGUUAUAUGCUAUGCACCUGCAAUAAUAGACUGUGUGUUAAUGUGUUAAUACAUGUAUAUGUUGACUUGAUAACACAAACAAGCCCUCAACUGUGUUAACAUGUUUAAUAUAAGAAAGGUUUAUACACAUAUCGACACAUAUACAAACAUGUUGUGUGGUCUUUAUGAUAUUGAAGGAAUAUUAACAAGUUUUCCACAACACUUGUGUAUAAACUGCAACAGAUUGUGUUAUAUAUGUAAAUGUGGGAAAAAAAAGUUAGAUAGCUACACAAGUAACCUGUAUGUGUUCUGUGUAAAUCUGAAGACAAAAAAGUAAGGGGUAUACUUAAAACAAUUAAUGAAUAUAUUUGUGUUUUAAGAAAAAUAUGUGUAAGAAACAUGUUAUGUUGUGUGACAUACACAAAAAGAACAUGUUUUAUUUAAACAUAAAGUACAAUCAUGUGUUGAUACAUACACAUAAAAUCACAUGUGUUGAUAUGUUAUGUAAUGUACAUAUAAAGCAUGUGUGUUUACAGCCUGUGUAAUCUACACAUUUUACACACAAAGCAUUUUGUGUUGAUUUAUUGUAUAAUCUACACAUUAAGCUGCUAGCAUAUGUGUUUUUAUGUUGUGUAAUGUACACAUUGUUGUGUAAUGUACACAUACAGCAUACUUGUUGAUAUGUCGUGUAAUAGACACCAAAACCACAUGUGUAAUCAGGUAAUUAUCACAGUGCUUUGCUCAGUAGUUUAAAAUAUGUACAUAUAUUGUUGUGUUAUCAUGAUGGACAUGUGUUCAUUACACCUUUAUCUUAUAUUAUGUAUAAUGAUAUUUUUAUGUGCAAAUUACAACUAAGUUUAAUUUUAGCAACCUGCAAUGGGAAAGGUUUAUGACUUUCGAUUCCUGUAGAUAAACAGUUAAAUAGACAUUAAUUUACAUAAGAUUGUUCAAACAAAUUUUUGUUAACCACUGUUAUGUACAACAGGAAUUAAAAUCUAUAAAAAAACCUUGGUCAUUUUGUUAACUUAAGAAUUAACACCCAACAUAAUUUAUGCCGUAUAUGAAAUGUUAAAAUGUCAGUGGAGUUAAGAUUUCUUUCUUGUAAUAUUUAUCCUGGUGUUCAGUGAAAUUCUGUCCUCUGUAUUUAUUAUUUCAGGCACAAUUUUGGAAAGUUAUAUAUUUUUUGAAACUACAUGCAUAUUUUAUUUGAAAAUGAAAUUUAAUACAUUGUUGCAUUUUGUAAAACAAUAAUUUCUGUGUAUCUAUAUGUGAUAAAGUACUAAGUAAUGGGGGCAUUAAGUUUCGAGCAGGAAAUCAGGUGUCCCAUGAUGCUCUUAUAAUAGCUGUAUUAUAUAUUAAUUAAACCUCCCUUCUCAUCUUGUAUUAAAGUUUGCUAUAACUUGCCAUAGGGUUUAGUUUUUUUGAAAAUCGAAAGCCAAGUGUAUGUACUUUAAUGAAACAAGCCAGUACAAACACAACAUAUUGUAUUCACAUUAAAAAAGUAUAUGUAAUAAUAUCUUAAACAGUACAUAUAGGGGCCCUUCUGAAUGGCCAAUAAGCAGUGAUGUCAUGAGUCGUCUAAAGGGCAUGUACGGUAGACCCCUAAAAGACAUGUAGACUCAAUGGUUUUAGUAUGAUGUGAUAUUCUUUAAAACUUUAUAGUUUCUUUUAGUAUAUUACUUUAAAAUAUUAAUUAAAGUGGACCAAACAACCCACACAGGAUAAAGUUUUAAGAUACAUGUAUGUAAAUUAAAUUGGAUAAAAUACCAGAUACAGUUGUUUUUUUUUGUAUCACUUUAUUUUGCAUUUUGAAAUCAAGUAUAGAAAUUGGAGAUUUGUUCACAAUAACAGUUGAAUAACUUGCUAUGAAGGAAAGAAGUUUUGUAUUUUAUGAUAAUAUUUCUUAAUGAUAAUUAAUUGUUUGUAUAUACCUUGAUGUGCAGUAUAUUCUUACAAAAAGUUUAAUAAAAAAGUGUUUACAAUCUUUGCUAUUAUUUUAUGUUUGAUCUUUAUUGACACUAUCAUGAGGUCAUGAAAUUUGUUUUUUUGUUUUUGGACAAUCAGCACAUACAUGUAGGGUUUAGAAAAUUAUAAAUUUUUGCUGACCAGUUAAAAAUGGACGAGUUAUUUUCAAUAAAUCAGCCGCGUCACAACAAAACCAACAUAAUGGGUUUGCGACCAGCAUGGAUCCAGACCAGCCUGCACAUCCGCGCAGUCUGAUCAGGAUCCAUGCUGUUCGCUUACAAACCCUAUAACAAGUAGUGAAACUGAUAGCGAACAGCAUGGAUCCAGAUCAGACUGCGCGGAUGCGCAGGCUGGUCUGGACCCAUGCUGGUCGCAAACCCACUGUGUUGGUUUUGUAAUGACACAGCUCAAAUUAUGUUUUAGGAAGGUGAUAUAUGAACAUUUCAGAUUUUGUUUUUUUUCCUUGAUGUGUUUUAUAUUAUUGUACAUUAUAUAUAAUAGAAUAUGUUUUGGAAUUAAUAAUAAAUACAACAUGUCAUGUAGAAAUUUCCUCUACCUGAAGAUGGGUCAUAAUUUAUCUUAAUUUCAACACUUCUAACACUUUGACUUAAGACCACCAGUGAUUGUAGACCACCUGUUUUGAAGGGCACGGAAUUUAAUAUUUACAUGCCACAGAGAUGAUGAUUUUUUUAUUUGUCUUGUGUCAUGUUAUGUUAAGUUUAAUGUAAAAUAUCACAGUGUCAUCAACCUAUUGGUGUGAUAAUCCAUUAAAUGAGCCGCGUCAUGACAAAACCAACAUAAUGUGUUUGUGACAAGCAUGGAUCCAGACCAGCCUGCACAUCCGCGCAGUCUGAUCAGGAUCCAUGCUGUUCGCUUACAAACCCUAUAACAAGUAGAGAAACUGAUAGCGAACAGCAUGGAUCCAGAUCAGACUGCGCGAAUGCACAGGCUGAUCGGGAUCCAUGCUGGUCGCAAACGCAUUACGUUGGUUUUGUCAUGGCGCGGCUCAAAUAUCACAGUGUCAUCAACCUUAUGGUAUGAUAACCCUGAUCCUGCUGGAACUGGAAGUGAUUAACCUUUGCCAUCCGGUAUAUAUCCAGGCCCAACCUGCGGUAUAUAUCCAGGCCCAACCUGCGGUAUAUAUCCAGGCCCAACAUGCGGUAUAUAUCCAGGCCCAACCUGCGGUAUAUAUCCAGGCCCAACCUGUGCACUCACACCAGGCUCUGUUCUGUUUGUACCUCUUCUUUUUUUUGUAUUUUGAUAUUGUAGUCUCUUAAACUUAAAAUGGACUGUUCCAAAUUAAAACCAGGGCAAAUCUAUAACUCAGAUUCCGUAGGUGAAGGGUUAAAAAUCCAACCAAAAUUCAACUUUAUACUGAUAAAUCCGUUAUUUUUCUUUAUACUGACUAAAGAGACUAAGGUCAGGCUGAUCAUUCUUUGUUUCAUAAUUGGUAUAAAUGUAACUGUAGUCUGACCAGGUUUUACACUAACAAAUGCUUCUUUUUCUUCUUUUUUUCCCCUCUUUUUUUUUUGAUAAUUGCAGAACCUGCAAUUUAGAAUAGACUGUACCAAAAUCCAAGUAAUUAAAAAAUAUCAGUUCAGUAUAGGUUAAAAAAUUCAGUUAAAUAUAGGUUAAGAUAUUCAUUUUGAUUAAACCAGAAUCAUAUGAAUGAUAUUUUUUUUAUAAUCAUUUUAAAAGUGGCAGAUGAUAUUUUAUAUUCAUAAUAUACAUGUAUAGUAAAGAAAACUGAUCAAAUUCUUUUCACUAAAGCUUGGAUUCCGUUGUAUUGAAUUUAUGCCCUAUAUUCUGAUAUGAUAUUUGAUUUAUUUUGUUGUUGUGGUUUAUUUAUUUUUGUUUUUGCUUGUAUGUGUUUUAUUGUUAAGUUUGUUGAUUUUCUCCACGUUUUAACAGUGAUUUCAUGGUUUGUUACUGAUUCUGAAUUUUGUAUACAGUGUUAGGUCGAGAAUUUUGUAUACUGUGUUAGGUCAAGAAUUUUGUAUACUGUGUUAGGUCAAGAAUUUUGUAUACUGUGUUAGGACAAGAAUUUUGUAUACUGUGUUAGGUCAAGAAUUUUGUAUACUGUGUUAGGUCAAGAAUUUUGUAUACUGUGUUAGGACAAGAAUUUUGUAUACUGUGUUAGGUCAAGAAUUCUAUGUACUGUGUUAGGACAAUUGUUAAAUUUAAUGACUUUAAUACGAAGUAUCUUUUAACAAUUCGUUAAUACUUACUGACCUAUUGUAUUGUACAAAUAUAUAAAAUUUGAAUAUUUAAAGAAAACAAUAAAAUUUUAAGCAACUGAA